UUUCUCUUGAAUCUCUUCCAUUCUUCCCCAUACAAUCUUAUCCACAUUUUCUCUCUCUGUCUGUCUAUCUAUCUAUCUAUCUAUCUAUCUAUCUAUCUCUCCAUCUAGCCUAAUGUAAUGCACACCCACCAUUCUUUUUUUUCAUAAACCCUAAUGUUAUUAGUCUUUUGUUGACCUUCAAUCCAAUGGCAGCGGUUAUCUCCUGCCACUACUGUUCUUCUGUAUCUAUAACCUCCAAACCCAUCAACCCUAAAACAUUCCCCAAUUAUAUCCGCUUUUCAAUUACUCAGAGGAAUGCUUCAAUUCGCAGAUUCCAACCUAAAUGUUCUUCCAAAAACCCUAAUAGAUUUGAACUCCAUAAUGAAGAGAAAGAUAGGUUUUUUCCAUUGAAGGAAUGCGCGAUCUCUUUAGCGUUGGCGUUUGGAUUGGUAACUGGAGUACCUGCCUUGGGUUGGUCCAGUAAUGCCAUCGCUAGUACUCCGGCAUUGCCAGAUUUGUCUGUGUUGAUCUCGGGGCCGCCAAUUAAGGAUCCGGGAGCAUUGCUGAGAUACGCUUUGCCUAUUAACAAUAAAGCCAUAAGGGAAGUUCAAAAGCCACUCGAAGAUAUCACUGAUAGUCUCAAGAUUGCUGGAGUCAAGGCACUCGAUUCUGUAGAAAGAAAUUUGAGACAAGCAUCUCGGUCUCUCAAACAGGGGAAAAGUCUUAUUAUUUCGGGAUUGGCAGAAUCAAAGAAGGAUCAUGGGAUUGAACUGCUUGACAAGCUUGAAGCUGGGAUGGAUGAGCUCCAACAAAUUGUGGAGGACAGGAAUCGGGACGGUGUGGCACCUAAACAAAAAGAACUUCUUAGUUAUGUCGGCAGUGUUGAAGAGGAUAUGGUGGAUGGCUUCCCAUAUGAAGUGCCUGAAGAAUAUCGGAGCAUGCCUUUACUGAAAGGAAGGGCAACUGUGGAUAUGAAAGUUAAGGUUAAGGACAAUCCUAACCUAGAUGAGUGUGUCUUCCGUAUUGUCCUCGAUGGAUAUAAUGCCCCAGUAACUUCUGGGAAUUUUUUAGAUUUGGUGCAAAGACAUUUUUAUGAUGGCAUGGAAAUCCAAAGAGCGGAUGGAUUUGUAGUCCAAACUGGAGAUCCUGAGGGUCCUGCAGAGGGUUUUAUUGAUCCUAGUACAGAGAAAACCCGUACGAUACCUUUAGAAAUUAUGGUAGAUGGAGAGAAAGCACCUUUCUAUGGAGAAACUUUGGAAGAGCUUGGUCUAUACAAGGCUCAAACAAAGCUUCCAUUUAAUGCAUUUGGAACAAUGGCCAUGGCUAGAGAUGAGUUUGAGGACAAUUCCGGUUCAAGCCAGAUAUUUUGGCUUUUGAAAGAGAGUGAAUUAACUCCUAGUAACGCCAAUAUAUUGGAUGGUCGCUAUGCAGUGUUUGGUUAUGUGACACAAAAUGAGGAUUUUUUGGCAGAUCUCAAGGUUGGAGAUGUCAUAGAGUCCAUUCAGGUAGUCUCUGGCCUGGAUAAUCUUGUCAAUCCAAGCUACAAGAUUGCUGGAUAGAUAGAUCUCCCUCUUUUUUUUGUGUUGUGUAAUGUGGAACAUGAACUUCUCUAAGAUGGCAGCUAGUUAAUUUUGUUCAAGUCUUGUUCUAUUCAACGAUUCUGUAUUUUUUCUUUUUGAGAGAAUUCUUCAUUUUUAUUUUUUUAUGCUCAACCGCAGAAUGUAUACAUUUUAAACAGCGUUGACACUCUAGAGUAGAUUUGUGUCAAUAAAGGAGCUUUUAUUAUUUUUGGUAAUUAAUAAAUCAGCUUUUCUCA